UCUGUUAAACUUAUUGAACAUUGCUAGUUAUUUAUAUUUGAAAACAAUUCUAUAGUUUCAUUUUGUUCUCUUUCUUUAUCAUUGUUUUUGUUAAUUUAGUUUGAUUGUUUGAAGAAUGAAUAAUGCGUUUUUAAUUUAACUAUGAGAUUUUCAUAUGUGGCUACAAAAUAUUUAUUCACUAUAUGUUACAUUUAGUCACUAUCAAGAUAGCAACGCAAUAAAGGAUUCAUCUAUAAAGCAAAAAGCCUAUGGACCCAUAUCUUCAGUUUCGCUCAGGCAAUGUUGGUGAGUUUAGUGAGUCAACUCCAUCUGAGAUACAACCAAAUUCUAGUCAACCCAAUGAUAAUGCAGAUGGUGCUAGUGGACAAAAGAAAACUAGAGGUCCCACUCAAAUGCGUAAUAUUUGGGGUACUCGUGAUGAUGAGCGCCUAACAGUCAAUUGGAACAAACUUGGCCAACCUGAUGACAAAUUGGCAACAAAGUUAUCAUCGUUCAUUGGAACUAUUGUGCGUGAUGGGAAAAAUGCACCACUCAUUUACAAGAAUUGGCAUAAAGUCCCAGAACAUUACAAAGAUCACAUAUGGGCACUUGUACAGGAUGAAAUGAAUGAGAGGACAACCUUAAAUGCAAAUUUAUCGAAUAAGGGCCCAAAUGAUGCAUUUGGACAAGUGAUGGGUAAAGAAAAACAUGGACGAGUUCGCAUGUAUGGAUUAGGUGUCUCCUCGUCUAAUUUAUGGAGAGAUACAUCUGGUCAUAAAGCAAACCAAGACAUAACAAUGGAUGUUAUGGAAGCUGAAAAUUCAGAGCUAAGGUCCAAAGUUUUCCAUGUUCAGCAUGCUCCGAAUAAAUUGACAAACACAUCUAAUCAGGCCACAACAACUUCUACUCCUCUCGACAUGGCAGCUCGACAUUAAGCAUGGUCUUUGUCAUCAAUACAAGAUACUUCUUUUACUCAGGUAAGAGAUAUAGUUGCUCUAAAAAGUAUCAUUAGGCCAACAGAAACAAUUGCAAUCGGAGUACUUAAAAGCAUAGACGCAUCUAAAGAAGUAGAAGGGGACGAAUUGGGACCUGAAUAUUGGGAGGUACAUGUUCAAGUGCCAAUCAAACCUAAUGAGAGCUUGAUCCGAUCAUAUGGACUUGUCAAAGCAGUUGGACAAGCUAUUGGAGCUCAUGUUGCUUGGCCUGCUUCAUUUGUGAUUUCACAAGUUAUGGAUGCUAGUCGAGAAUAUUUAUGCAAGUGAGGUUGAGAAUUUGGGAACUGAUUUUAUUUUUGAUACUUU